AUGGUUCUUUUCCUGCAGCAAUUGCCACAUGUCACUAGCAAAACUGAGAUAAGAAAAUGCAGAAUACGAGAUCCUAUCCCAAUUGAUCAUAAAUAUAUCCAACCAGGUGAUCUAAUCAUUGGUGGAAUUACUUCUUUUGUCUUCAUAACUAGAGAUGUGGGAAGCUUUGAGAAUGAUCCCCAUCAUUCUCUUCUUGGUGAAUCCCUAGUCCUCACUAAGCAUUAUCAACAUAUAUUGACCAUGAUAUUUACUGUGAAGAAGAUCAAUGAUGACCUCCAGCUCUUACCUAAUAUCACUUUGGGCUUCAGAAUCUAUGAUAGCUAUGCUGGGGCUCAGACAUAUCAUGCUACAUUGGAACUUUUCUCUGUUCAGAACCAAUUAAUUCCCAAUUACCAGUGUGGCAUCCUGAACAAACUCAUAACAGUUAUUGGAACUAUUGAUCCUGGAAUCACUUUUGAUAUGGUAGAUAUUUUAGACUCUUACAAAGUUCCACAGCUUCACUUCUUUUUGCAAAGAAUAUCAUUUAACAACAAUGCUGAAAAUGAAAUUUCCUUUGAUAAGAACAGACAACUGAUUACAGGACUAGAGAUUGAGAACUGGAUCACAUUCCCCAACCAAUCCUUCCAUCGAGUGAAAGUUGGGAAGCUGGAUCCCUGGGCUGCUAAAGACAAAAUGUUCACCAUUCAUGAGGGCGCCAUCAGCUGGCCCAGCACUUUCAACCAAACCUCCCCCAUUUCAGUUUGUACAGAGAGCUGCUUCCCUGGUUAUUUUAAGAGAAAACAGGAAGGAAAACCGUUUUGCUGCUAUGAUUGUCCUCCAUGUCCCAAAGAGAAAAUUUCCAAUCUCACUGAUAUGGAUGACUGUUCAAAAUGUUCAGAAAGUCAAUAUCCAAAUAAAGACCAAGAUUCAUGUAUUCCCAAGAAAAUAUCUUUCUUGUCUUAUAAGGAACCAAUGGGGAUAAGUUUAGUUACUCUGGUGUUUUUCUUUUCUCUCUGUACAAUUGUAAUGCUGGCAACAUUUCUGAAGUACCACAAUACUCCCAUUGUCAAGGCCAAUGACCGAAAUCUCAGCUACAUUCUACUAAUCUCCCUCCUCCUCUGCUUUCUUUGCUCAUUGCAGUUCCUUGUUGUACCAAGCAGUACAAUAUGUCUCCUCCGACAAAUUAGUUUUGGCAUCAUCUUUUCAGUGGCUGUGUCUUCUGUGCUGGCAAAAACCAUCACAGUGAUUUUGGCUUUCAUGGCCACUAAACCUGGAUCCAGUCUGAGGAAAUGGGUGGGAAGAAGAUUGGCCAUUUCCAUUGUUCUUUCUUGUUCCUUAAUUCAAACAGGAAUAUGCACAGUAUGGUUGCUCACAUUUCCACCUUUCCCUGAUGUUGACACCCAUUCAGAAAUAGAGGAAAUCAUACUGCAGUGCAAUGAAGGCUCAACUACCAUGUUCUAUUGUGUCCUGGGCUAUAUGGGCUUUCUGGCAGCUGCCAGUUUCACUGUAGCAUUUUUUUCCAGGAAUCUCCCCAGCAGUUUCAAUGAGGCCAAAUGUCUCACAUUCAGCAUGCUGAUCUUCUGCAGUGUGUGGGUCUCCUUUGUUCCAUCCUACCUGAGCACCAAAGGCAAAUACAUGGUGGCUGUGGAGGUUUUCUCCAUUCUGGCUUCCAGUGCUGGGUUGCUAGGCUGCAUAUAUCUCCCAAAAUGUUACCUAAUCAUUAUUAGGCCAGAACUAAACAACAGGGAACAACUAAUAAAAAGAAAAUCUUUAUAA